GUAACUGCAGCCGAGGCCAGCGACUCUCUGUCCGCGUUGAACUCGUAUCAGAAAGCCCAUAACACAUAGGAACAUCAUACGAAUGACCGGAAAGAGAAUGAAUGAAAGCCAGUGUGUGGCGACAUUUGGGGAAGAGCAUGAGCCGACGAUACUGAUUUUCAGCGAGGAAUACCGUCAGUAACCUGAUAAUGAUCCUACCUCCCAUUUAUGGAGCCAUUCAGACGUGUAAAGAUGGUUUGGAAAUACGCUAUGUGUGGUCAUUUUUAGGACUCGCUGCCGUGGGCAUUGGUUCAUGGAGCUUUCACAUGACACUACAGUAUGAAAUGCAGUUACUGGAUGAGCUGCCGAUGAUCUACAGCUGCUGCGUCUUUGUCUACUGUCUAUACGAGUGCUUCAAGCAAGAGCGUGCUGUUAACUAUGUCUCAAUUACACUUUUGCUGACCUUCAGUAUUAUUGUUAGUGUGGUUUACCUGAUAUGGAAAGAGCCUGUCUUUCAUCAGGUCAUGUAUGCCAUACUAGUGGCUUUCUUGGUGAUUCGCUCAGUUUUCAUAGUCACAUGGGUCUAUCCGUGGCUCAGAGCCCUCGGCUUUACGUCAUUAACCGUCUUCCUGUUGGGAUUUGUAUUAUGGAACAUUGAUAAUAUCCUGUGUGACUCUCUAAGAGCCACACGCCAGCGACUGCCUCCUGUGAUUGGGGCAGUUACGCAACUUCACGCCUGGUGGCACAUCCUAACAGGCCUGGGGUCGUAUUUACACAUACUCCUCAGCCUCCAGAUUCGGUCAACCUACCUCAAGCACAGACCAAAAGUGACGUUUUUAUGUGGUGUUUGGCCGAUGCUGCACAUUGAAUCUCAGAAGGCGAGUUGAAAGGGACCUGAGAAGAGGAAGAUGGACCAAUCACAGACCUCAGACAGAAAGAGGUCCAGCCAAUGAGCUUCAACGGCAGCAGGAAGUGACCAGUGGCUGUCGGUUUGGUUCCCCUGUUCCCCUUCCUGCUCCGUUCGCCAAGUGCAUUAAUGAGAAAGCUGCCAAACGAAGGAAAGAUUUUGUCUUUAUUAUUGGUUAGAUGAAAGUUUUGUAGUGGUCUUGUGAUUUUGCACAAUGUAACAUGUACAUAAGUUGUCCUAUAAAUCGGAGGGUCUAAUUAGCGAGAAAGAAGCGGCCAAAAUUAGGAUUAUGUUCUGGUAUUUCUUUCUGCCUUCAUGAGGGAAAAUAAUAUAGCUUUGUUGGAUCAUAUCUAGUCAUAUCUAUUCAUAUUUUGUACUUGAACUUAAUGUAACUAUCUUGAGAUUAUGCAAAAUUUUACUUAUCUCUACACUUUUAGAGAUUAUGAAGGUCAAAUGAAACCGAUCAGAAAAAUGAAUGUUAAUAAGUAAGAUCUUCAUCCUGAAGAGGCAUUUAGGGAUGAGAUACAUGCACAUUUUACUGUAAUAUGGUCAUUUUACUGUGUUUCAGAGAUACAAUAGCAUGUUACAUAAUUUCAUCCAUGUUACACAUAUUACAUAUUAAUAUUUGUAAUUACAGUAAAACAGAUUACCAAUAGUCAUAAGCUGCUCUGCAAGCAGUCAAUAAUUCAGUGACUCCCUUGUUUACUUCCAGAAUGAAUCAGCGUUUUUGAAUGAAUCGGUUCAAUUAAUAAUUUAGUGACUCACUUGUAAAGACAGUCUCGUUUUUGUUCCUGAAUUAAUCAGUGUUUUUGAACGAAUCAAUUGAAUGAGUGACUCAAAACACAGAUGAUUCAAGGAGGUCACUGAACUAACCGCUGUGUAAAAUAUUUAAGCCUGAUCCAGCUUGCCCCUCAAACAUUUCAAGCCCCUCAUGUGACCAAUAUGCAAUCGAAUUGAUUUAAUUUAUUAUCAUUUUUGGUUAAAAAAAAAAAAAGUGUUGAACAUUUUAUGAAGGAAUUAUCAUGUAUGCUAAUUAACACUGAGCUGAGAUACUUAAAUGUUAUACUUGCUGUUACUCAGUCGGGAGUAAAUUGAUUAAAAUCAAGUAAAACCUUGCUAGCGUUAGCAAAUGUUCUCAUAAACUACAUUAUAUUCUCAUCUCUAAUUUUGACUACUUGAACUGCCACUGGCCGUGCUUGCUGUCAAAAAGGGAACAGUGAAGGGUGGUUACGAAUGAAGUCGUGUAUUAAUAUUGAUUCGUCAUUUGUUUAUUGUGCCAAGUUAAUGGUUCACUAAGAACACAGUCAUCUCUAUGUGAAGCACAGUUGAGAAAGAGAAAAAAAAAAAAAAAAAAAAAAAAACGUAUAUAAUCGGUGAGACGUGAGGUGAGGCACAUGUUUCAGAUAAAGCGCUGCUGUUGGUUUGGAGUCGUGUUUGUAUACCACUGAGGAUGCCUUAGAUUAAACUAUGGUUUAUUCCUUGUUGCCUUGAUGUCCAUUAUAUCAAAUAAUUAUGAAUUACAUAUCCCAUCAAAAAUAAAGAGGUCAACAUUUUCGCUCAUGAGAGUACAAAUGAACAAAACAGGAAAAUUACUGCCACUAUCACAGUUUAGUGCUUAAAUCCACUGACGCAGUUGUUUAGAUAUUAGGCACUACAUUUUUGGACCUCUAAUCUUGCUUAUGACUGAAAUGGUGAGUUAUAAUAUGGAAUGUUGUGGCUAACCUUCCCAGCACUGCCCUGUAAAGGUCAUUGUCCUGUGUAAUGAUUUAUGUACGUUAUGUGUGUUUUGUGAUUUUUUUUUUUUUUUUUUUUUGCCUCAUUAAAAUCUCUGUUGCCAAUAUU